AUGACUACCUUGAGGCCCUUCACCUGCAACGAUAUGUUCCGGUUCAACAAAGUGAACUUGGACCCGUUGACCGAAACCUAUUGCCUUUCGUUCUACAUGCAGUACCUCGCACAUUGGCCCGAAUAUUUCCAGGUGGCCGAAUCCCCGACCGGAGAAAUAAUGGGCUACAUCAUGGGAAAAGCGGAAGGUCAGGGCGAAAAUUGGCACGGCCAUGUAACGGCGCUAACGGUGUCCCCCGACUAUCGACGGCUCGGUAUGGCGGCCACCCUGAUGAGCUUCCUUGAGGAUGUGAGUGAAAAGAAACGGUGCUAUUUUGUAGAUUUGUUUGUUCGCGUCAGUAAUAAGGUGGCGAUCGAUAUGUACACUAAGCUAGGAUAUAUUGUGUACCGGACAGUGCUCGAGUAUUACGUCGGUGAUCCGGAUGAGGAUGCUUUCGACAUGCGAAAGGCAUGUUCGAGAGACGUCCAAAGAAAAUCGGUCAUACCGUUAGAGCAUCCAGUGCGACCGGAAGAGGUGGAUUGA